AUGGCUGUGGUGGACAGUGAUUGCAAAUAUGUGCUUGUGCACGUCGGUGCAGAAGGCCGCCAAAGCGAUGGGGGAAUUUUCAAGGAAUCAUCCUUUGGUCGUGACCUCUCUAAAGGCUGCCUUGACAUUCCAGCAGUUGGCAGCCUACCAGGCACUUCCACAAGUGUGCCUUAUGCCUUUGUGAGAGACGAGGCAUUCCAGCUUCGUAAGGACUUCAUGAGGCCUUACCCCGCAAAACGGCUCAAUGACACUAAGAGGAUUUUCAACUACAGGCUCAGCCAAGCAAGACGCUGUGCAGAAAAUGCCUUCGGCAUCACUGCUGCCAGGUGGAGGAUACUGCUUCGCACCAUGAACCUGCACCCCAGCCAUGUGGACUUCGUGGUGAAGGCCACCUGUGUCCUCCACAACUUCCUUACUCUGUACAACCCACCAUCAUUCUUGGACAGGGGAGACAGUUUCGGAAACGUUGUUGGAGGGCGCUGGCGGCAUGGUGUGCAACAUGUGCCAGAUAACAGUUUCCUUGCUAUGGCUCCAACACGGGCACGAAACUACGAUGGUGAUGCAGAUGCUGCAAGAAGGUUGUUCGCCAGCUACUUUUCCAGCACGGCUGGCCAGGUUCCUUGGCAGUGGCGUCUACCAGGGCUGACAAUGAAGCAGCCCUCCUACACGCUCUUCACUACCAGUUCGGGCAAGGACGCACAACUGUGUCAUCACUUUCCUGCCUAGCAUGGCACUGCUUGCCCAUUCUUCAGUGUGACAGCUGCUCUUAAGGGGGUAUGAUAGGGUGAACCCAGCAAAAUAUUGAAUUUGCAGUUUUGACACCAAAAAAAUCAUUGUACUCUGAGGAAUGAAGCUGUUGAAGCUCGACGUUGAGCAGCCACUCCACGCGUUUUAAAUUCCGCACCGAAGUGUGCCACGCGCCCUCUGGUGUAAGCAGUAUGUGAAUGUAAAACUUCGUUUUUCUCAAAGUACGUUUUCUGUAAAUUUUUCAACUUCAACCUACCUUUUCUCAAAAUGUACUGAAUUGAUUUUUAUAAAACUUUGUAUGCCUGAGCUAUAACAAGUUAGAAAAUAUGGUUACAUUCCUAUUGCUGUUGCAGAGAAAAGGUACAUUAAAUAAACGAACACCCUUUAAAAUUUUGAAGUGGGCUAUAUAAAGGAUAAGCAACCUAGGCAUAAAAAAGGGCGUCAGAAGAUACCCAGUGCCAUUUUUCCUGAGCACGUAAAAUUUUAUGAGAAUACUUGCAGCUGUUUCUAAAAUAUUAUGCUGAAACUGACAUAUGUCAUUUACCCUACCUUACCUCCUUAAAGGACCCCUCACCAUGAAAUUUUUUGUUUCCAACUUUUUUACUGUAAUUUGUAGCUUUGUUUUAUAAUCCUGAAAUUGAAUUUAAAUAGUCUAAUGAUUUGUAUAUUGCUAGCAUUGUUAGUAUCAACCUGAAAGCUUAAAAACUAGUGCCUGGGGUGCUUGGUCCCAAGCAUUCAAGCUUUGAUGUUUAGUGCAGUUUUUGAAUUCAGGAUCUGCAUGCAAAAAUUAUUGAAACAAUGUAGGUGCCUUGGUACGUUAAGAGAAUAGGGUAAGCCCUAUUGCUGCCAUGUAUUUAAGGCAAAGUUAGGGUACCUUUUUCUUCAUAACCAUAAGAGCUAUAUUAAUUAUUUACUAUCAUUGUGAUAAGCCAUUGUGUUCUUACUGAAGCAUAUUUAGCUCUGAAAAUUGUAAUGCUCGUUAGAAUGUGUUGAUGAACAUUUCUUUACACAACAGUUAUGCUGCUUCAGCAUAUUCUACGUUGCAGUUGUAAUGAAUCUGAAUAACGAACGCUCUGCUGCUACUGAAGAAGACGAUGAUGAUUGGUGGCAGUAGUAGUAGCACGCCGCUCGCCGGUAGCCAUACCUGCCUCUUAAAGCACCUUUCGCCGAGCUGCGUCGGAAGCUUCCUCGACGUACAGCACAGCUAUUUUACAGUGUUCAUAAAAACCGAAGAAGAUACCCAAGAGUAUCAGUUACGUUCUCCACUGACACGCACAGCGGAUGAAAUCUGCAUAACUCGUGAAGGAAUAUUCACCGUGCUAUUACUGUUAGACACAAAGAAAACUGGCAGACUUGACGGUAUACCAACUGCUUUUUUGUGGCAGUAUGCAGAGUGGUUGUCUUAUUACCUCGCUCUACUGUUUCAAAAGUCUUUAAACUGGUGCAGUGCCACAGCAGUUCCAAUAUUUAAAAAUUGUAAUCGAUUGUUAGUCUUUCUUCAAAAUACAGGCAAACAGACUCGGUAACAAACAUGUUGAAGGAGUGUGAGUUAGAACUCUUAGAAGUAAGAAAGCAAAAGUGUCAAUUGCAACUAUUCUUUCAGAUAUUUUAUGUAAAAGUAAAAGUUAAUAAAAAUACAUAUAUAUUAAACAGCAGCUUGACAAAUGGUCUCUGCGAACAGCUCAUCACCUCACUGUGUAACCAAUACAAACCCGUACAGAUUUGUUUCGUUUUUCUUUUUUCCCUGGUGCCGUUAAGUUAUGAAAUAGUUUGCCUGAGGAAGCUGUGCAAACAUAAAUGUACAUGAUUUUCUGGUAUUAACUGAUUUUCGGUGUAUUGAUUUUCUGGUGUACUGUUUCAACUAUAAUUUUGCUUGUUAGUUGGACAGUGUUAUAUGUGUCUGAAGUUAUCCAUUGUGCUUUUCUUGUAACAACCCUCACGAAAGGAGUAACAGUAUGACUAAAUAAAUAAAUUGUAGACGAAAAGGAAGUAAAAAUAGAAAAGUCGCUUUUUGAAAAACUCAUUUUUCUUAAUUCUUUGUAAGUGUUCUUGUGUUUAACUGUGUUCCAGUGCAAAUGUUACAUACAUCAUGUUAUGUUGCAAAUUAUAAGAGUUGAAAAUGUAUGUAACUGUGCUACCUAUACAAGUGUGGUAUAUGUUACAAGUGUUGUUCAAGUAACGUUCUUCACGCGUUUAGUCUUGUACGACUCUAUUUCUCACCUUGCCUGCAAUGACCCUCAAUUAAGUGAUGGUGAGUGGUAAGCAGUAUGACUAAAGAAGAAGACAAACAAAAAUGCCAAUAUAUUUUGAAAUUUUUUACACUUUUUCUCUUAAUACGUGUCAAGCGUUUGGCAUCUGUUCUUGUGAUUUAAACUACAAUUCUAUUUUCAGUGCUGUCAUUUUUGCAAUUUGUUUAGCAAAGAAAUAAUUUUUAUGUUAUUUUGAAUCAAGAGCUGCCUAAAGAUAAGCACUAUUCUGCAAACACACACUGCUAUAGUUCAAUAGCCUCAUAUUGAUGUUUGUUUCCUUUAUUGCGGUAAAAAUUGGCUGUUGUUUCUAGGUUUUUGAUGACGAGGCAAAUGUACAAAAAAAACUGAUUCCAGCAUUGAGAUUUCAAGAGGCAAAAACAGUUUAUUUUUUGGUUUGUUUGAACAAGAGAGGUACUGAACAAUUUAAUAGCGAUGUACCAUAUAGUCCUCACUAUAGCUUGGCAAAAAAUCUGCAGCUCGUUCACUCAUGAAGUAUACCUCACGCAUAAACACGCUCAGACUCAGAUUCACCAAAAUUUUUCUCUCUGGAAGUCAAACUCACUGAUAUUUUUCUCAAUUUCACUCACUCAGACUUGCCAAAAUAAUUCACUUACUUUGGCUCAGACUCGCGGCUUGAUGAGAGUGUGAGGGAGUUCUCUCCUGAGUGACUUUGCCUACCUAUAAUUUGACUCCUCACGCAAAUCAGCUUUUCACUUUUCUUGUUUUCUGUGUUCCCUGGCUCAUCUUGUCAUACCUUCUAUCCUCCUCAAAUUUGAAUGUGUUCUUGUAAAGUAU